AUGCACACACCAUUCCCCCCUUCUCCCUCGCUCCCUCUCUCUCUCUCUCUAUACAAAGCAUACGACUUGAAGAAGAAGAAGAAGGACGCCUCCAUCUCCAUCCAAUCCAAAGAUCGUGGGUGCUUGUCGCAUCGCUUCACAUCUCAUACAUUCUCGCCUAAGCUUCCGGGCUCCCCCUGAAAUUCCGCCUGCGUGUCCCUCCGUCUUCCUCGCUCGCCUCCCCGUGAAAGAUUCAUUCAUUCAUUCAUUCAAUCAAUCAAUCCUCCCACCAUUGCUGCUCCCCCUACACCUCUGUCAUUUGUUGUCCAUACAGAGAGGGACUCUUUGUUUUUGUUUGUUGAAAAAGGAGAAAUCUGAGCUCCGGCGGGCAGUGAAAGAAAUGGACGGCUUGUGCCUGAAAUCGGGUAUCCAGGGCAUGCCCCCGCCGGCGAUCUCGCUGGCCGGUGCCUUCGAAGGCCGAGCGUCGAUGUGCCACGUCAGCACCUCAGGGAGGUCCUCCGUGGACCGGUCCAAGGUGUUGGCUGCCCCGCCGCCGCCGCCCCAGAGGACCAACCCCGCUGCGUCGUCGUCGUCUUCUCAUUCCCGUCCUUACAGGUUCUCUUUUAGGUACCCUUUGAAGUCUCUGUGGUUCGGAGGUAAUGGCGGCGGAGGUAAUGCACGCAGAGGGAUUGCUCUGGACGAUGCCGUCUUGGUCGAGAACCCGGAGAAGACUAAUGGUGCAGAUGUUGGAGUGGAUGGCGAGGCCGAAAACUCGGUGGGCUCUGAUGGGGAAAACGGGAACUGGGUGUUCAAGAUCCUCCACCUAAGGACUGGGACAAAAGAAGGGGAGCAGCAGCAGCAGCAGCACAGUGAUGGUGAAAUUGUCCGGGUGCUAGAGAAGGGUUUAGUUGGUGAUGAAGAAAAAGAAUGUUCUCCUGAGGAAGAAGAACUAGAAGGUGAUGGCGAUGAUGGGGAGGAUUGGUGUGACGCUUGUCGGGUUGAUUAUGACGAAAAAGAGAAGGAGAUCCAAAUCGAUAGGGACACGUUCUCGGGCUUUCUGCAUAGGGUGUCUCUUGACCAAGCCAAGCUCUAUGCGAAAAUGGCUUACUUGGGCAACCUUGCCUAUGCCAUUUCCGAGAUCAAGCCUGCAAACCUUUUAAAAACUUGCGGCCUGCGAUUGGUAACAUCAUCAGUGGACGAGAGAGGAUUGGUGGCAAAGGCUGCCGAAGAUCAGGUGUCAAAUGAAGUCCAGGAAGAAUCACAGCAAGCAAAAGAAAUGACCGAAAAUGAGAAGCAGAAGAGCAGUGGCUAUCAACUGAGUGCAUCUGCUGCUUAUCAUGCAGCUGCUUCUGCUGCUUCUUACAUGCAUUCUCACGUGAAGGGUAUACUCUCUUCCACACCAUCUGAUGCAGAGUCAGACCAAAGGUUGCUCGGAGAAACAAUGGACGGAGUUGAUAUAAUGAACUCAGACAUGGUCAAUUUCAUGGCCGCUACCGACUCUGUGACAGCAGUGGUAGCUGCUGAGGAAGAAGUGAAGCAGGCUCUAGCUGAUGAUCUAAAGUCAAAAUAUUCGUCACCGUGUGAGUGGUUCAUUUGUGACGAUGAUCGAAGCAACACAAGGUUCUUUGUUAUUCAGGGGUCAGAAUCAUUGGCUUCCUGGCAAGCAAAUCUACUCUUUGAACCUAUUCAAUUCGAGGGAUUUGACACUCUUGUUCAUAGAGGCAUAUAUGAGGCUGCAAAAGGCAUGUACGAGCAAAUGUUGCCCGAAGUAAGGGCUCACCUAAAAGCCCACGGAGACCAAGCAACCUUCCGUUUCACCGGCCAUUCACUCGGGGGAAGCCUCUCAUUACUUAUCAACCUAAUGCUUCUAAUACGGGGAGAAGUGCCUGCCUCUCAACUGCUUCCAGUUAUAACAUUCGGUGCUCCAUCGAUUAUGUGUGGAGGUGAUCGUUUACUUCAACUCGGGUUGCCUCGAAGCCAUGUCCAAGCAGUUACAAUGCACAGAGAUAUUGUUCCACGAGCCUUCUCUUGCAGUUACCCUAAUCACGUCGCUGAGCUUCUGAAGGCCAUUAAUGGGAAUUUCAGGAACCAUCCAUGUCUUAAUAAUGAGAAGCUCUUGUACGCUCCAAUGGGAGAGCUUUUGAUCCUACAACCUGACGAGAAAUUCUCUCCUCGCCAUGACCUCCUUCCUUCUGGUAGUGGCCUGUACCUUCUGAGCUGCUUGCUUACUGAUUUUUCCGAAGGACAGAAACAGAUCCGAGCUGCUCAGAAGCUCUUCUUUGAUUCUCCUCACCCACUUGAGAUCCUCAGUGACCGAGGGGCCUAUGGUCGAGGAACCAUUCAGAGGGACCAUGACAUGAAUUCUUAUUUAAAGUCGGUGCGUGUUGUAAUAAGGCAAGAACUGAACCGUAUCCGCAAGGCCAGGAGAGAGAGGAGGAGGAAGCUCUGGUGGCCCCUUGUGGGCUCUACGGACUUAAAUGAUGGGAUCGUCCUUGACCGGACCGUUAGGCCAAUCAACGCAGGACAGCAUCAGUUCAGCUUCUCAGGCAUAAUAGGAACCGGACAGGAAUCUAUCAAGCGGUUUAGUCGGCUUGUUGCUUCUCAAAGGAUGCAUUUAUUCAUGGUGUUACUGUUACCUGCGAGGUUGUUACUUCUCGGGGCAUAUAGCGUGAUCAGCUUCAGUUAAAGUAAUCUAGUGGGUCAGUUGGUCUCAUAAAAUGUUCUGCUUCGGUGCGGAGUCUUGAAGGUUGCGAAGGCAUGCGUUUGCAAAGGGGAUACGUAUAGGUGAUUUGAUUCUUUAUUCGUUGUUGUCAGGGCAAUUGACGGUAUUCCAUAGUAAAGCUUAGGUACAGGUUAGAGUUGGUACCCUAGCAUUUGACUGUAAAUGAUAGAAAAGGAAAUCGAUUGCAAAGUAGGCUGUGUUUGCUUCACGUAAUUGGUUUUCUCGACAAGUCUUAUUGAUCGUUCAUUCCAUAAGCACAUCAUCUCAGAAAUGGCUUAUUCGUCAGGUUGCAAUUCUCCUUGCUUAUGCAAUCCAAAGAAGGUCGGGUUUGGCGGUCUUUGACAGUGACAGUGGAUGAAUGGCAUUUUCCAUCGAAUCGAUGGGAUCAAUGUUGAUAGGAACCAAAAGUGAGGCCCAAUUUAUUAGCUCAGUACUGAUGUUAGAUAUCACCAUUAUGUGGUUAGAAUUUUGCCCAAAUCAAUGAGAGUUUUUGGCAUAAUAAGGUGUUUCUUGCACGCCGAGUAUUUGAAUAAUGUCAAUUUCAUUUGCUUUGUACGGAUUA